AUGAAUGAUAUGGACAAAAGUCUUCUAGAGUUGCUAGGCAUGUUAAGAACUGUUGAGCAGAAUCUGAAGUCAAAAGGGAGGUCCAUUGUAAUGGUCAGUAAUGGAAAGAAGCAGAACAAAAGGCCCACCAAGAAGGGUGUUAAAGUGAAAGGCAGGGAAGUUACUAGACCUAAACCUACUAAUCAUGCUUUUAAGCCUAGUGAAUGUAUAAUAAAGGUGGACACUUACUUCUAUUGCAGUAAGACUGGACACUGGAAGAGAAACUGCCCAAAGUACCUGGACGAUAAGAAGAAUGGAAUAGAGACUUCAACUUCAGGGGAAAAGGUGAAGUUGAUCUACGAGUUGGCAAUGAAGCAAAGUUUGUUGCUUUAG